AUGGCAUCCCCGUCCUCUUGCCCGGCGGCGGAGGAGGACGAGAGCCUGAAGGGGUGCGAGCUGUAUGUGCAGAAGCAUGGUGUUCAGCAGGUCCUGAAGGACUGCAUCGUGCACCUGUGUGUGUCCAAGCCGGACAGGCCCAUGAGGUUCCUGCGGGAGCACUUCGAGAAGCUGGAGAAGGUUAUUCCCAAGGACUACAAGACCAUGACCGCGCUGGCCAAGGCCAUCUCCAAGAACGUGCUGUUUGCUCACCUGGACGACAAUGAGAGAAGCGACAUAUUCGACGCCAUGUUCCCCGUCACGCACAUCGCCGGGGAGACCGUCAUCCAGCAAGGGGACGAAGGAGAUAACUUCUACGUGAUCGACCAAGGAGAAGUGGACGUAUACGUGAAUGGAGAGUGGGUGACGAGCAUCAGCGAAGGGGGCAGCUUUGGGGAGCUGGCGCUCAUCUACGGCACCCCCAGGGCAGCGACCGUGAAGGCCAAGACGGACCUCAAGCUCUGGGGCAUUGACCGGGACAGCUACCGGCGCAUCCUCAUGGGCAGCACCCUGAGAAAACGCAAGAUGUACGAGGAGUUUCUCAGCAAGGUCUCCAUCCUGGAGUCGCUGGAGAAGUGGGAGCGCCUGACCGUGGCUGACGCCUUGGAGCCUGUGCAGUUUGAGGACGGAGAGAAGAUUGUGGUCCAGGGGGAGCCCGGGGACGAUUUCUUCAUCAUCACGGAGGGCACGGCCUCCGUCCUCCAGCGCCGGUCCCCCAACGAAGAGUACGUGGAGGUGGGGCGCCUGGGGCCCUCCGACUACUUUGGGGAGAUUGCGCUGCUGCUGAACCGGCCCCGGGCGGCCACCGUGGUGGCCCGGGGGCCCCUCAAGUGCGUCAAGCUGGACCGGCCCCGCUUCGAGCGCGUGCUGGGCCCCUGCUCCGAGAUCCUCAAGAGGAACAUCCAGCGCUACAACAGCUUCAUCUCCCUCACCGUCUGA